AUGGGGGUGAAAUGGUCUACGGUGGACGAGAUCCGCCUCUUCAAGUGGGUAGCGCAGUUUAAGCCGGCCGGAAUUCACAAGCACUUCCAUAUGCGAUGCAUUUUGGAGCGCCUGAACAACCCAGAUGACUACCCCGUGACGCUGCUGCAGAGCGACGAGCCGCGCAAGACGUUCAGCGCGCAGGACGUGUGGGAGAAGCUCGCCGAGUACUACGACCUCCAGCAGGCAGACCUGGUCGAGGGCAUGCAGGUCGGCGAGGACGCGGCCGACGACGGCGCGCCGCCCGGCGGCUUCUCGCUGCCCUGGGGCGAGUACGGCGAGCUGAUGCUGCACAACGCGCGCGCGGACGGCGCGGGCGACGACGAGGCCGAGCCGGACGCCGGCGCGGCGCGCGACGACGCGGACGAGCGCCCGCGCAGCAGCGCCGGCAGCACCGGCGCGCGCACGCGCCGCCAGACGCGCCAGACGCGCAGCCAGCAGGCCGGCUCCGACGACGAGAAGCCCUCCGCGCCGCCCUCCGCGCCCGACGACGCGCCCGACGACGAGCCCGACGAGGACGGCGACCUGCCGCCCUCCAAAAAGCCGCGCACGCGCGCCCACGACGACGCGCCCGGCUCCAGCGCCUCCGACUCGCCCGCCGCCCGCACCCGCCGCAAGGCCGUCAACCCGCCCGUCCAGCGCCGCCUCCGCACCCGCAGGUAG